UCAGUGAACUUGCCAGUAUUGGGGUUUAGGGUUUUUUACGCUUUGUGCUGAGAGAGGGAGAGAUGGGGAGGAGGAUACUGAACGAGGCGUUGAGAGCGAUCGUCAAUGCGGAGCGGAGAGGAAAAGCAACGGUGGAGUUGAAACCCAUCUCCACAGUCAUGUCUUCUUUUCUUAGGAUCAUGAAAGAUCGAGGGUACAUCAGGGGUUUUCAGGUUUAUGAUCCACAUAGAGUGGGGAGGAUAACAGUUGAACUACAAGGCAGGAUUAAUGACUGCCGGGCUCUCACUUACAGGCAGGAUAUCAAGGCAACGGAGAUUGAAAGAUACAGAUUGCGUAUGCUUCCAACACAUCAGUGGGGUUAUGUUGUAAUCACUACUCCAGAGGGUGUUCUGGAUCAUGAAGAGGCUAUUAAAAGGAGUGCGGGCGGACAGGUUCUGGGUUAUUUUCAUUAGAUUCUCACCUUGUCUCUUUCCACAUGCUUUGAUGGAAAAGCUGUAAAGACGAGUGAGCUUGUUUGCUAAUGGAAAAACUGUUAUGAGAUCCUACUUGAUCACAGCUUGCCUUCACCAUCAAAAACUUUUUAUGUUGUCUAUCAGAACUCCGUAUCUUCUGAUGAAUGAGAUGAUGAACAAACUUCUGUUCCUUUCCCUUAGUAAAUUUAUUGUUUGUUCAGUUAUUGAACUGUGAUAGAACUUAUUCAAAUCAGAUCUACAUGAAGAUCUGGUUUUUUUGUUACAGAAAGGAUUUUGUGAUUUGACAUGGAUGCCAACCAUAUACAGGAACUGAUGUUCAUAUAUCCUGAAUCUGUAAUCCAUUUUGAAUUUAUGAUUGCACUUCUAUGAUGCACUUCCAGA